AUGAAUUUUCUUUCUUUCUUUCUUUCUUUCUUUCUUUCUUUCUGUAUUUCAGUAAUUUUCUGCUUGUAUUUCUUUCUUUCUUUCUUUUUUCUGUGUAUCAGUAUUUCUUUUUGUCUCUAUUUUUUCUUUCUCUCAGUUUUUCUUUCUGCCUCUAUUUCUCCCUUUCUGAAUUUCAGUAUUUCUUUCUGUAUUUGUUUGUUUGUUUGUUUGUUUGUUUCUUUCUUUCUUUCUUUCUCCUUUAUUUCUUUUUAUUUCAUUAUUUUCCAUUUAUCAGUUCCCUUACCUGAUGUUAUUUUUUUAGUUUUUCGAAAUUUUCAUUCAUUCUUUCUUUCAUUCUUUUUUCCAUUCUUUUUUUCAUUCUUUUUUCAUUCUUUUUUUCUUUCUUUCUUUUUUCUUUCUUUUUUUCUUUCUUUUUUCUUUCUUUUUUUCUUUCUUUUUCCUUUCCUUUACAUAUUAUUCUUUCUUUUUAAAGGCCUUUAUUUCAUUUCUUUUAAUUUUUUCCUUAUUACUUUUCAUUGUCCUUUUUUAUUUCACUAUUUUAUUUUGCGUUUAUGUCUUUCAUUUCUUCGUUCAUUUUUUGUUAAUUCGUUUUCAUUUUUUUACUUUUACUCCCCACCCUUUUUUUUUUUUACUGUUUCCUUUUCGUUUUUUGAUUAUUUCUUUUUUAAAUCCUUUUAUUUUUUCACGGUAUUUAAAUUAUCAUGCUUUCUUUCUUUCUUUUAUCCUUCCUUUUCUUUCAUUCUAUUUCUUUCUUUCUUUCUUUCUUUCUUUCUUUCUUUCUUUCUUUCUAGUAUUGAUGCAUCAUGGCGCCAGCAAAUCUCGUGUUCCUCUGAUUGGUGCAAGUUGACCUGUCCCUGA